AUGGCAGACUCUGUCUGGGCUGGCGUCGGUGAUGGGCAAGCCCAGGGGCCACGGCAACUGGACGUGGGACAAGUGCCUCACGGAGCAGCGCUGGAUUGCUUACCUCAACAAGACCAAAUUUUCUCGACCGGGGGACACGGGUGCCAUGUUCCACACAAUUCCGCCUCUGCUCCUGCUGUCCCUCACCCAUGCCCCCUGCUCAAACCCGCCAAUGGCUCCCGGUUUCCUCCCAUGUGCUUGCCAUUGCCACCGCCUGGGGCACUCCCUCUCCGCUGCUGUGCCGUGUGCAGGCCUGCCUUUGAGCGGUUCUACGGCGGCCCCAUUCUCGACACAACGCUGUCACCACGGCAGAAGGAGCCUAUGUACUGCCCCAAGCUGCUGGAGCUUCACACGUACCGUCAGGGGGUCAUUCUGCUGAUUGACCUCAUGCAGCGCGGGCCCAAGGAGCUCUCCUACAUGCGCAGGAUGGGUGACAUUGUCUUUAGCCGUGUCGUGCCCAUCGCGGACCUCUCUCUAAACAUCACCGGCUUCGCGGUAGCAUUGCCCAUCUUGCAGCAUGCACUGCCACCGAAUCCCACGGAGCAGCAGGCGGAGCAGGCGGUGCUGGGAGCAGCGGGGGCGAACGUGGACCUCGGGUCCAUCGCUCGCCACGUGCUGCAAAACGUGUUCACACCAGACCCCAGCAUCACAUUCGAGGUGUAUGACACCACGGACCCCAAGGGCCCCACAAUGAUCUACGGCCCGGGCCCACGCCUCGUGUUCUACAUCGAGCACGACAGCCUGCCCAUCACAGACAUCUCGCCUGAGAAUGUCAUGCGCCCGUGGGAGGAGCGCUCUGUGGUGCCACUCGACCUGCUCGGGGGGCGCUUGCGGCACUAUCAAGUGUGGUGCCGCUACGUGGAGUCACCAAGUGCGUGGCUCUCCUGGGGAGUGCCCUGUUUGUGGGCGGCGCUUGCUCUCAUGGUGACAGCGCUGAUAGCAGCCGUGGCGUGGCAGCAGCGGGUUGGAUACAUGCACAGCCAGGAGAACAUGGCAGCAGCGGACCUGCUAAGGGCGAAGGCGAGGGCAGCGGAGCGGUCGAAGAGCUCGUUCGUGGCGUCCAUGUCGCACGAGCUGCGCACGCCCAUGCUCGGCAUCGUGGGGCUGCUCGAUGCUCUCGAGGACCGCCGCCUCUCUGCCGCCCAGCUGCACGACGUGCGCGCGGCACGCACUGCCGCGUACGACACGGUGCGCCUCGUCAACCGCGUGCUCGACCUCUCCAAGCUCGAGGCGCGCCGCAUGCCGCUCUGCUGCUCGCCCUUUCAUCCGCAAGCCUGGCUUGAGGAGGUCGUGCUGGGCUGCUGUGAGCGGGCACGCGACAAGGGCAUCGAGGUGGCGGGCAUGGUGGACAUGGGAGUGCCUGCAGUGCUGCACAUGGACGCCAUGCGACUCACUCAAGCGCUCAACGAACUCAUCGACAACGCCAUGUGCUACACGGCCCGGGGGCACGUGCUGGUGCGAGCGUCCGUGUGCCCUGCCACCACCUCCCUUGACGACUUCCUCCAUCACCACCUCUACGCUCCGCUCCACCCCUCUCCUCCUCCUCCGCCUCGUCACUCCUGGUUCUUCCCUUGGUUGACCCACCUCCACUUGCAGCUGGGUCGUCUCUGCAGUGCAGCCACUGUGACAUGCUGGGGGGAGCAGGAGCCGCCAGAUGAGGGUGAGGGUGAUGAGGAUUCCUCACACAGGGCCAUGGCGGGAGAGGAGGAACAAGUGGGGGAGGCGAAAGGCGAUGAUGAAGGGGAUGGUGAAGGGGAUGACGCUGGGUGGGGCAGAGGCGGCGGUGGAGAGGAGAUGCAGCUGGUGCUGUCGUGUGCCGACACGGGGUGUGGGUUUGACUCCAUGGGGGAGGAGCUGUCAGAGUUCAAGUACACGAUCAUUCAUCCCUUUAUCUGGCUGGCUGCCCAUGGUACCCUGCAGGGGCGAUCAGAGAGUGGAGGAGCGGGCCUGGGGCUUGUGCUCGUGCACCAGCUGCUCACGGCGCUCAUGCUGGCGGGUCUCGGAGCACACGUGCACGUGCUGCCCUGCCCUCUGGAUCGCUUGCAAGAAUCUGAAGCCCGUGCUGCUGAGGGGGGGACAGGUGAUGCGAAGGGGAGCUGCGAGGAUGCAGCGAGAGCACAGGGAGGGCCGGAGGAGAUGAGAGAUGGCACGUGCAGAGCGAGUGGCUUGUGUGGUCCGACGGAUGGAGGGAUGAGGGAGGACGGGGGAGAGGGAGGUGGUGCGGCCGAGAGGGCGAGUGAAGAAGAGGGUUAUCCAUGCGUGGUGGUGGUGAAUGAGGAGGACUUGUGGUGGCAGCAGGGCAGGAGAGCAGCAGCAGGCAUGCCCUGGGACAGGGACAGUGGGGCUACCUCGAGGCAGGAGGAUUUCCAGUUUGGGUGGAGCGGGCAGCAGGGCGGGCAGGGGGGUGGUGAGGGCAAAGGCGCGGGUGUGGUGGCGCUGGCACCGGGGGAGGGAGCAGCAUGGCAGGCAGCAGCAGUGGGGCUUAACGAUGGGGAUGAGGGGGGGGAGGGGGUGUGGGGGAAUAGGGGUGAUGGGGGGGACGGGGUGGAGGAAAGCACAACUGCAGAAGGUGGAGAGGAGGAGGAGGAGGUGUGUGAUGAUGAGGGAGGGGCAGGGAGCGUCGGGAGGGCGGGACAGGCAUCCCCCAGCCCCUGUACCGCCCCUUUAGCCUCGUUGCUGCCUGGCACUGCGUCUGUCAGUGCUGCUGCUGCUGCUGCUGCUGCUGCUCCCCAUGUGGUGGUGUGCUGCCGCCCGCUGCUCUCCUACCGCCUGCACCGCGCCGUCCAGGUAGCAGCGUUUGGAGUGGAUUCUAAGAGUGCAUGGCAUGGCAGUGUAGGGUGCGAGCGGCACGAAAGCACCGAGCCUGCGCGGCAAGAUAGCACCGAGCCUGUGCGGCAAGCACAGCACGGCAGGCCGCAGGAGAGUGGUGAGGAGAGGAAGCUGAGCUCAGGUAGACAGUGGGGUGAAGAGAAGGGCGAUGAGCCACAGCAGAGUGGCAACAGAUGGGAUGAGACUGGAGGAGUUCAGCCUUCUAGCUGCACAGCAAGUCGAAGGGCAGGGGCAGGGGGGGCCACGGGAGCAGCCGAGGCGGCAGGGGGGGUGCUUAUGGGGCAGCGGGUGGUGGUGGGGGAGGAGAGGGGAGCGGGUGGGGGGUAUCUGGCGGGGCAGCGCGUGCUGGUGGUGGACGACACGGCGGUGAAUCUGCUGGUGGCCCGCCGCACGCUCACCCGCUGCGGCGCCAGCGUCAGCACGGCGGGCAGCGGGGAGGAGGCGGUGCGGCUGGUGGCGGCGGCUGUGAGUGCGGCAAGCCAUGGCGCGGCAAGCGAUGCCAGCGCGGUGCUGGAUGUGGUGCUCAUGGACCUACACAUGCCCGCCAUGGACGGGUGA